GGAGUGCUCACUUCGACGAGACUGGUGAGCAGAUAUUGUUGAACUCUUGAACAUUCUAGGAUUUGGCCAUGGCCGGCGCAUACGACAGUAUGCCUCAGACGAUGGAGGACAUGUUGAGUAAAGAUCCCACAGUGGCAGCAACGAGUUUGAACGAUUCAGCAAAUGGAGAGGUGCCCGACCCUCCCAUGCGGUAUGGCGAACCGCUUCCGGACAACCAUAUUCCACUGUACAAGAAGCCUUCGAGAACGCCGACUCGCAAGUUGCGAAUUGCUUGCAUAGGUGCCGGUAUUUCUGCAAUGAACUUUGCUUACAAGAUAUAUCACGAAUGGAAAGAAACUUUAGGGGAGAACGUCGAACUUGUUCUGUACGAGGCUAACGAUGAUAUUGGUGGGACAUGGCUCGUCAACGUAUACCCUGGCGUUGCUUGUGAUGUUCCAUCAAGUAUCUAUACAUUCCCAUUCGAGCCGAAUCCGAACUGGAGUGCCUUCUAUGCAUCCGGCGAGGAGAUUUUGGAGUACUUCAAGGCAACCGUGGCAAAGUGGGACCUUGCACGAGACGUCAAAGUCGGCCACCGCGUAUCAAACGCUGAAUUCUCGGAGGAGUCUGGCCAGUGGAACCUGCAGCUCGACACGAAAAAUGGUACUAUCGAAGAUACUUGUGACGUUCUGAUAUCUGCAGUGGGCUUUCUGUCCAAAUGGCGCUGGCCCAGCAUUCCCGAUUUGAAAGAUUUCCAAGGAGAAAUGAUGCACUCUGCAGAUUGGAAUACCAAAUUCGAUCCUACCGGAAAACGCAUCGGAGUCAUAGGAAAUGGCAGUUCAGCAAUUCAGAUCAUCCCGCAACUGGUUGAAAAGGCAGAACAUCUAACCAAUUACAUUCGACAUCCAACAUACAUCACACCUGGACUGGGCUCGGGAGCCAUCGGCGGAAAGGUACAGUAUUACUUUAGCGAAGAGGAGAAACGCAACUUUCGCGAGAAUCCAGAAGCUCUCAAACAGUAUCGAAAGAAGAUUCAGGCGGCCAGCAAUAGAGCCUUUGAUAUGUUCGUCAAGGACUCCGAUGCUCAAACCGCAGCACGCAAAGCGACUGCGGAUCAGAUGAAGGAGAAGCUGGGAAACGACGAAAGCCUGGCGGCGAAGCUAACACCGGACUAUGAGGUCGGCUGCCGAAGGGCAACUCCUGGGCCUGGAUACCUGGAGUCUUUUGUGCGUGAUAAUGUGUCACUAAUUACUGACCGCAUUGCGAGGAUAACACCUGCUGGCAUCGUCGUCAAAACAUCAACGGACGAGGAGCAAACGCACGAAGUCGAUGCCAUUAUUUGUGCAACCGGUUUUGAUGUCUCUCACCGACCGCCUUUCCCAUUGAUUGGUCGUAACGGCGUAUCUCUUGCAGACUGUUGGUCGACAGAGCCUAUGUCAUAUUUGUCGCUAUGUGCCUCCGGCUUCCCCAACUUCUUCACAUUCUCCGGACCAAACGCUCCUGUUGGUCACGGCUCUCUCAUGGCCGGACUGGGAUGGUCUGCAGACUACAUGUGCCAAUGGGUCCUCAAGAUCUUGCAAGAGGACAUCAAAUUCAUCGACGUGAAACAAGAAGUGCAGGAUGAAUUCAACACGUACGGGGAUGAGAUUAUGCAGACUUUGGUCUGGUCAGGAGGAUGUCAAUCGUGGUACAAGAAUCACAGGGUCGACGGGCGGGUGACAGCAGUUUGGCCCGGUUCGGUGUUGAGCUACCAUGACAUGAUCUCGACGCUCAGACCUGAGGAUUUCGAGAUCAGAUAUCGUUCGCGGAACCGUUUCAGGUUCAUGGGCAAUGGUCGGACAUUGAGAGAGUAUGAUCCUGAGGCGGAUCUGGCUUUUUACUUGGCCAGGUAG